AUGAGAAAGAAGUAAAGUUUUUAUUUGCUAGAAAUCCAGACAAAGACAGUACACGUGGAACUGCCUAAGUGGUUCUGCUUGUUUUUGUAAACAUUUCACUCAAUAGUCUCAUAGCCGUCCACUCGAGGGAAACUCCUUCAACAAUAUGUAAAUCGUGAUGAUCAACUAAUCUAUAUAUAAAUGUGAAGGUAGAGAAAUUAAGGAGCUGGCUAGACAAAUAAAAUGGUGUUAGAAGGAGUGAGUGUUCCGAAGAUGUUGAUCAAGGUCACUCCUUCAAAAGCUUUGGUUCUUAAAAUCAACCUGGUCUUCCUCGCUUUCUUCGUAGUUGUCUAUGCUGCUCUUCUUCUCCGGCCAUCUUUGUCUGUGUAUCAUGAAAAUGCUGCAGCACUUGUCCGGUGCACUUUGCGGGAGUGCAAUCACAAGGCGGAAAAGGGGGUUAAGAUGAAGGCAGCUUUGGAAGAGAAUCAAGCAGAUCAAGCCAUGGCUGCCAAAAGGAAAAUGGUCAAGAGCGAGAAACCAAGCUUCUUGAAUGAAAUGAGGAAAGGGAUGAGGAUAGGAAUGGUGAACAUGGAUGACGAGGAUGUGGGUGAGUGGAAAGUUCAUGGAGAAAUUGUCCAUGUCCAUUUCCAACAGGUAUCGGAGUUGUUCAACUGGACAGAUUUGUUCCCGGAGUGGAUUGAUGAAGAGGAAGAGAAGGAGGGUACAAUGUGUCCGGAGAUACCAAUGCCCGAUUUCAGGCGUUAUUGGGAUAUGGACUUGAUAGUGGCCAAAUUGCCAUGCAAGUACCCAGAAGAAGGGUGGCGCAGGGACGUGUUCAGGCUGCAAGUUCACCUAAUAGCGGCCAAUUUGGCGGUGAAGAAAGGGAGGAGAGACUGGAAUUGGAGGACCAAGUUGGUGUUUCUGAGCAGGUGCAGGCCAAUGAUGGAGCUUUUUAGGUGUGAUGAUUUGGUGAGACAAGAAGGGGAUUGGUGGUUCUACCAACCGUCAGUGGCAAGGUUAGAGCAGAAGGUUUCAUUGCCUGUUGGCUCCUGCAAAUUGGCUUUGCCUCUCUGGGCAAAAGGGGUGGACAAGGUGUUUGAUCUGUCCAAGAUCAAAGCAGACACGAGGAGUGUUAAACGAGAAGCAUAUGCCACAGUUCUACAUUCCUCCGAUACCUACGUUUGUGGAGCCAUUACUCUCGCCCAGAGUCUCCUUCGAACAGGCACCAAACGCGACCUCCUCCUCCUCCUCGACAGCUCCAUCCCUGUCUCCAAACGCGACGCCCUCGCUGCUGCUGGCUGGCAGAUCCGACUCAUCAAGCGAAUCCGAAACCCUAAAGCCGAGAAAGACUCCUACAAUGAGUACAACUACAGUAAGUUCAGGUUAUGGCAGCUCACCGAAUACGACAAGAUCAUCUUCAUUGACGCCGACAUCAUCGUUCUCCGCAAUCUCGAUCUCCUCUUCCACUUCCCUCAAAUGUCCGCCACCGGCAACGACGGCUCCAUCUUCAACUCCGGCAUCAUGACAAUCGAACCUUCCAACUGCACCUUUCGGAUCCUCAUGAAUCAUAUCAAAGACAUAGUUUCCUACAACGGCGGUGACCAAGGUUUUCUUAACGAAGUCUUCGUCUGGUGGCAUCGCUUCCCCAAGAGAGUCAAUUUCCUCAAGAACUUUUGGUCCAACAGUACAGUUGAAGCUGGCGUGAAGAACCAGCUCUUUGGUUCAGACCCGCCCAAACUUUAUUCCAUACAUUAUCUAGGGUUAAAGCCCUGGCUUUGCUACAGGGACUAUGAUUGUAAUUGGGACAUAGAAAACCAGCUUGUGUAUGCAAGUGAUGUCGCCCACCACAGAUGGUGGAAGCUUCACGAUGCCAUGGAUGAGAGCUUGCAGACAUUUUGCGGGUUAUCGGAGCGGAGAAAAAUUGAGUUGGCAUGGGAUAGAAAGGUGGCUGGAGAAAGGGGACUACGUAACCAGCAUUGGAGUAUCAACGUUACGGAUCCCAGACGGUUUCUUUGAUCAUCAUCAUUUCUACUUUUAUUUUUUCAUUAUAUAUAGAAUGGACUGUGUACGUAAUGUUUUCCCCGUAUAA